AUGUCCGAUCAGGAGUCGACUGAACCACGCAAGUCAACCUCUACCUUGCUUGAUGGCAACCAUACCUUUCCGUCUUUCUAUGCAUGCUACCUGCUACGAUCAAAGGCCACCCCCAAUUCCAACCGGACUUAUGUCGGCUCCACGCCCAACCCACCCAGACGUAUCAGACAGCACAAUGGUGAGCUGAAGCAAGGUGCAUGGAAAACUUCAAAGCAUCGUCCUUGGGAAAUGCAGAUGAUUGUGUAUGGCUUCCCGAGCAAGCUCACGGCGUUGCAAUUCGAAUGGGCUUGGCAGAAACCAGAGCUCUCUAGACAUCUACGCAUCUCCGACGACCAUACUGGCGAAGAUCUUGGUCCGAUCUUCAGCAAAGAUGCUAAGCGAAAUUGGGUGGAAAGGAAGCUCGCAGUCGCACACGCUCUUCUAUCCAGACCUCCUUUCAACAGGCUGCCACUACAUCUACGGUUCUUUGUUCCAGAAGUGCACGACCUCUUUCACAAUCUAGAGCAGAACGAUUCUCGCCCCGUGUCCUCGCGCCGGACGAAGAAGAGAGUGACGCAGGACUGGUCUCCGCUCCCGCUUCCAGUAACUCUCACGUCUAUCAUCGAUCUGGGUGGAGUGUCAGGUUCGACAGGAGCCCGAAGACAUAGUACUCAAGGCGUGCAGAGUCGAGAAGGUCCGAUUGAUGUUAACGACGUUGACUUCCGCCAAGGUGAGCGGGUAUGGGGCAAGUGGAAAGCUAUCGAGAUUCGGAUCAAGCAGGAGGGUCAUAUCAGGUGCGAGCAAUGUGAUGGAGAGGUGGAUCAUACUCUUGAAUGGGGUCAAAUCAUCCGAGCAUCUUACGCUCGUAUCGAAGGAAUCCAGAGGGAAAAGGAUGAGGCGGUCAAAUCUGCAAGGAGAGCCAAACGUAGAGGUCGACGCCAGAAGGAUGAAGAUGUAUCAACCGAAGACGAACACAGCUCCAUAACUCCCGAGAUCAGAUCUAUGACGUUAGAAACUCCACCAAAGCGUUCUCUCGAUCGCACUGCUUCCGACACCUUGGAAGAGGCAACCAUCACUCGAGCGAAACGAUUGCCGCCCAAACCACCGAAUGACGAAAACGAGAGGGAUGAAGAGAUGGAAUGGGAAAGGUUCGAGAGAGAAUUAAAAGCCAUACGAUGA